CAGUGGCCGGAAGUGGCGGCUCUUCGGGCCGGCAUGGGGUCCCCCGGUUCCGGCGCGCGGUGCCCGCUGCAAGAGCAGCGAACCCGGUGGGAGCGGAAGCGCGCCCGUACUGCCCGAGAGCUGCUGGAGACCGAGCGGCGCUACCAGGAGCAGCUGGGGCUGGUGGCCACGUACUUCCUGGGGAUCCUGAAGGCCAAAGGGACUCUGCGACCCCCGGAGCGCCAGGCUCUCUUUGGGCCCUGGGAGCCCAUCUACAGCGCUAGCCAAGAGCUGCUUCCUUACCUGGAAGAAGGACGGUGGGGACAGGGCCUCGAGGGCUUCUGCCCCCACCUGGAGCUCUACGCCCAGUUUGCUGCCAACGCCGACAGGUCCCGAGCCACCCUGCAGGAGCAGCUAAAGAAAAGUAAGCGCUUCCGGAGGUUUGUGAGGUUGCAGGAAGGCCGCCCUGAAUUUGGGGGUCUUCAGCUCCAAGACCUCCUCCCCCUGCCCCUGCAGCGGCUCCAACAGUAUGAAAGUCUCAUAGUUGCUUUGGCAGAAAAUACGGGUCCUCACAGCCCCGACCACCAGCAGCUCACGCGGGCUGCUCGGCUGGUGAGUGACACUGCCCAGAGAGUUCAGGCCAUCGGGCAGAAACAGAAGAAUGAGCAGCACCUGCGGCGUGUCCAGGCCCUGCUUGGUGGGCGCCAGGCCAAGGGCCUCACCUCAGGACGCUGGUUCCUGCGCCAGGGCUGGCUGUUGGUAGUGCCUCCGCGGGGGGAGCCUCGGCCCCGCAUGUUCUUCCUCUUCUCUGAUGUGCUCCUCAUGGCCAAACCACACUCCGUGUUGCACCUGCUGCAGAGUGGCACUUUUGCCUGCAGAGCUGUCUACCCCAUGGCCCAGUGUGAGCUCAGCAGGGUCUUUGGCCACUCCGGAGGUUCCUGUGGUGGACUGCUCAGUCUGUCCUUCCCCCACGAGAAGCUACUGCUGAUGUCCACAGAUCAGGAAGAGCUGGCCCGCUGGUACCACAGCCUGACUCUGGCCAUCAGCAGCCAGAAGAACUAGCGGCAAUGGACAAAUCCGGGCCUUAGAAUACUUCUGGGACGGGUCAAGGCCAGGAGUACCAUGUGAUCGUCAGCACUGAACAACACACAGACCUCUUCGUGGUUUCCUGGGUUGCUCAGCUACUUUGGGAGUGAACUACUCUGGGUCCUCCGGUCAGUGCUUCGGAACCAAGAGCCCAGGUCUGACCCAAGUG